GAAUUAUAUUGAAGCCUACUUCCUCGGGCGCAAAUCGUGCGAUGGAACACGGGCAAAGCAACAGCGUGCGGAGCUUCUCAAGGCUUGGGGACGUGGUCACGGACACCGAUUCGUUUGUUCGUCCGAACAUGAUGUCGGUAAAUCUGCGGAGCGCGGGUUCAAUAUUUCGCCUCAGUAUAAGAGUAGUCAUCAUGCUACGUGUCUGUCACCUAUCCCGUCUCGAAUUUCGGUAUGAAGUCCCUCUUAGUCUCCCUCAUUUUGGCACUUGCUAGCACUCCGGCGUACGGUGUGGCCAUCUGGGGUCAAUGCGGGGGCAUUGGCUACAGUGGUAGCACGACUUGUGACUCGGGUCUUAGCUGUGUCAAGCUAAACGACUACUACUCGCAAUGCCUGCAAGGAGCCAGCACGACCAGCGCAGCGACCAGCACGGUCCAGACUACCACGACCGCCUCCACCACCAGCUCUGCCCCCACCACCAGCGGCCGCACGUGUAGCGGAACGAAGACGAAGUUUUCGUACUUUGGUGUCAAUGAGAGUGGUGCAGAGUUCGGCAAUGCAAACAUUCCUGGAGUGUACGGAACAGACUACAUCUGGCCCGCUCCAUCUUCUAUCGAUUACUUCGUCGGCCUCGGCUUCAACACGUUCCGCGUGCCGUUCUUGCUCGAGCGUCUCGCCCCUCCUGCUACAGGUAUCACUGGCGCUUUCGACCCUCUUUACCUCGGCAACCUCACGGAGACCGUGAACUAUAUCACCGGAAAGGGCGCUUAUGUCCUCAUCGAGCCCCACAACUACAUGAUCUACAACGGCGCAACCAUCACCAGCACUUCUGCAUUCCAAACCUUCUGGACCAACCUUGCGUCCCUCUUCAAAUCCAACAGCCAUGUCAUCUUCGACCUCAUGAACGAGCCCCACGAUAUUCCCGCGACCACCGUCUACUCGCUGAUGCAAGCUGGCGUUAACGGUGUACGUGCCGCCGGUGCCACUUCUCAACUCAUCUUGGUAGAAGGAACGAGCUGGACUGGCGCAUGGACCUGGACCAGCUCCGGAAAUGCCGCUGCUUUCACGGGCUUGACUGACCCCAAUAACCACGUCGCCAUCGAGAUGCACCAGUACCUCGAUUCCGACGGCUCGGGUUCAUCGGCAACAUGCGUUAGCUCCACCAUCGGCGCCGAGCGCCUUGCGGACGCGACUAGCUGGCUCCAGGCUAACAAUAUCAAGGGCUUCCUCGGCGAAAUCGGCGCUGGCAACAACGAUGUCUGCAUUACGGCCGUGUACGGAGCGCUAUGUGCCAUGCAAGAAGCCGGUGGUGCUUGGCUCGGCGCGCUGUGGUGGGCCGCAGGUCAGUGGUGGGGAGAUUACUUCCAAUCCAUAGAGCCGCCGAGCGGCGCAGCUAUCACUGGCAUCCUCCCCGAGGCUCUCGAACCGUUCUUGUGAAUGGAGGAUGGGCUGCACGAUUAGCCAGAUUCAAGAUCUUAUUCUUAUCUUCAAAUCUUGUAUACCGUACACUGAAAUAGUCACACAUUUG